AUGGGCGCCCUUUCAAAGCUGGCACCGGUGGUGCCUAACGGGAGCACCUCCGUGGGGGUGGGGCGCGUGGCGGAGAUCAUCCUGGGCAGCCGCUCACGCACGAUCGGGCUGGUGGCCAUCGUCGCCUCGUCGAUGGUGUACGUCGUCACGACGCGCAAUUGGGCCAUGAAGUCCAACCGACCCGAGCUGCUGCAGACCAAAAAGGAGGACGGAGCCGCGCGGCAGAAGGUGGCCGUAGAUGGAGUCUUCUUCUCGCGAUUGUGGCGCCUCCUCAAGAUUCUCAUCCCCGGGCCGUUCACGCCUGAGAGCGGCUUCAUGGUGCUGGUGGCGGCCAUGAUGCUCUCGCGAACGUGGUGCGACGUGUGGAUGCUCAAGAAUGGAACGGCCAUCGAGCGUACCAUCAUCACGCGCGACUUCCAGGGCUUCGUGGUCGUGUUCCUCAACUUCGUCAUGGCCUUCUUCCCCAUCGCCCUCGUCAACAACCUCCUCCGCUACGGCCUCAACGAACUCGCCCUCCGGUUCCGCACCCGCCUCACCCAGCACCUCUACCAGGAGUACCUCAACGGGUUCACGUACUACAAGGUGUCCAACCUGGACAACCGUAUCGCCAACGCGGACCAGCUGCUGACGCAGGACGUGGAGAAGUUCUGCACGAGCGUGUCGGAGCUCUACUCCAACGUGAGCAAGCCCAUCCUGGACAUCUUCAUCUACGCGCGCAAGCUCUCGGGCGCCAUCGGCGCGCAGGGUCCGGCGAGCAUGCUGGGCUACCUGCUGGUGUCGGGUCUGCUGCUGACGCGGCUGCGGCGACCGAUCGGCAAGUUCACGGUGAACGAGCAGAGGCUCGAGGGCGAGUUCCGAUUCGUCAACUCGCGUCUGAUCACGCACAGCGAGGAGGUGGCCUUCUACGGCGGCAACGAGAAGGAGCGGUCGGUGAUCAGCAAGUCCUUCCGCGGGCUGGUCAACCACCUGCGGUACUCGAUCCAGUUCCGCGCGCUGCUGGGCAUCGUCGACAGCAUCAUCGCCAAGUACUGCGCGUCGUGCGUGGGCUACCUCGUGGUGAGCCGCCCGUUCUUCGACCUCAACAACGCCAAGCUGCGCAACGCCAGCCAGGCCGAGCUCAUGGAGGAGUACUACAAGAGCGGCCGCAUGCUCAUGAACAUGGCCCUCGCCGUCGGCCGCCUCGUGCUCGCCGGCCGCGAGCUCACCCGCCUCGCCGGCUACACCGCCCGCGUCACCGAACUCCAGAACGUGCUCAAGGACCUCAACGCCGGCACCUACAAGCGCACCAUGGUCUCCAAGAACCCCGCCUCCGGCACCUCCACCCGCGAGCUCAAGCCCAACAGCGGCAAGAUCAUCACCCAGGACCACAUCAUCAAGUUCGAGGACGUGCCCAUCGUGACGCCCAACGGCGACCUCCUGAUCGAGAGCCUGAGCUUCGAGGUGCGGUCGGGCAUGAACGUGCUCGUGGCCGGACCCAACGGCUGCGGCAAGAGCUCCCUCUUCCGCAUCCUCGGCGAGCUGUGGCCGCUCUUCGGCGGCACCCUCACCAAGCCCGCCAAGAACAAGCUCUUCUACGUCCCGCAGCGGCCGUACCUUGCGCUGGGUACGCUGAGGGACCAGGUGAUCUACCCCCACUCCCACGAGCAGUUCCGCAAGGCCGGCGGCACCGACGAGGAUCUGGUGGACUACCUCCGCCAGGUGCAGCUCGACUACCUGGUCGAGCGCGAGGGCGGAUGGGAUGCCGUUUCGGAUUGGGCGGAUGUGCUGAGCGGAGGAGAGAAGCAGCGCGUGGCGAUGGCCCGGCUGUUCUACCACAAGCCCCAGUUCGCCAUUUUGGACGAAUGCACGAGCGCCGUGAGCGUGGACGUGGAGGGCUACAUCUACACGAGGUGCAGGGAGCUGGGCAUCACCCUCUUCACCGUUUCCCACCGCAAAUCCCUCUGGCAGUACCACGAGUACGUCCUCCAGUUCUCCGGCCGAGGACAGUACGCCUUCAAGCAGAUCGACGCCGACGAGACCGCCUUCGGCUCCUAG